GGCUUGGGCUUGUUUUCGAAAAUAGAUCACCUCCUCGACCAUUCUGGAGGCCCAGCGGAGAGGGAACCCAGGUCACCCGAGCGCCCCGCCGCUCCUGGGCCAGCGCAGGGUUGGGGCGCCGCGGGCGGAGUCGAGGCCUGACGGGACUAGUUGGCGCACGCCGGAGGGGCGUGGUGACGUCAGGGCGGAAGCGCACGCUGCGUGAAGCGGCCCAGAACCCGGCGGUCACGGGAAUAUCCGUCGCGCCGAGGACGUUGGUUAGUCUCUCUCCGGGUUCCGGCUGCGUUGGGCGUGCGUGCAGCUCGCUGAGACCAUGGCGUCCGGGCCUCACCCCACCGCGACCGCUGCCGCCGCCGCCGCCUCGUCGGCCGCCCCGAGCGCAGGCGGCUCCAGCUCCGGCACGACGACCACAACGACGACCACGACGGGAGGGAUCCUAAUCGGCGACCGCCUGUACUCGGAAGUUUCGCUCACCAUCGACCACUCGCUGAUUCCGGAGGAGCGGCUCUCGCCCACUCCGUCCAUGCAGGACGGGCUCGACCUGCCCAGCGAGACGGACUUGCGCAUCCUGGGCUGCGAGCUUAUCCAGGCCGCCGGCAUUCUCCUUCGGCUGCCGCAGGUGGCGAUGGCAACGGGGCAGGUGUUGUUUCAUCGUUUUUUCUAUUCCAAAUCGUUCGUCAAGCACAGUUUCGAGAUUGUUGCCAUGGCAUGUAUUAAUCUUGCAUCAAAAAUUGAAGAAGCACCUAGAAGAAUAAGAGAUGUGAUUAAUGUAUUUCACCAUCUACGCCAGUUAAGAGGAAAAAGGACUCCAAGCCCCCUGAUCCUUGAUCAGAACUACAUUAACACCAAAAAUCAAGUUAUCAAAGCAGAGAGGAGGGUGCUAAAGGAGUUGGGAUUUUGUGUUCAUGUCAAGCAUCCCCAUAAGAUCAUUGUUAUGUAUUUACAAGUCUUAGAAUGUGAACGUAAUCAAACCCUGGUUCAAACUGCCUGGGUAGUCCAUGAUGGUAAGUCAUAGAACUCUGCCCUCUGCACUUCAGCCCAUGACCUCAGGAUGGCCUGAUUGGCUGCCCUGCUCUCCAGCCAAUCCAGUGCAAGCUCUCAUCCGAGAUUCACUGAAGUGGUCCAUAUCCAUCUGGCAGCAUCUUCUAGUUCUGUCGGGGUGUCAAAAGGAUUUGUAUAUUUGCUUCUAGAAGUAACUCUUCAACAUGCCUAUGUAUUUAAUGUAUACCUGUAACUAUCAAAAUGAAUAGUUCAUUUUUGAUAGAUUUGUUGUCCAGCCAUUAUGAAUUAAAUGAUUUUUAUUAGGAGUUUGACUAGAUUUCUAAUUUUUUUUGGUAUGUAUAGCAUGAAUUCUACCAAAGGAGACGGCAGCUUAAGGUGGGCACCGUUACCAUCCAUACUUGAUGAAUUCAUAGCUGCUGGGCUAUUGGAGGCAAUAGUAUUAGAAGAAAGAAGUACUUCAUUUUUAAGAGAUGUUAAUAUUAACAUAGCACUUUAGAACUAACUGUGUGAUUUGCAGUGCUGACUUAUUUAAAGUUAAAACGAGUUCGUGGUUCAGCCACAACUACUGUCUUAAGACUGUUGAUGAUGUGCAGUACUUAAGUGAUGUAAUUCUUAUGUUCUGGACUUAUGACUGCCAUGCUUAUUUUUGGGCUCAAUAAAUAUUAGUAAUACUAGAAAAGUCUCAUUACUUUUAUAAAAUGCAUGAUAUUUUUUAAUAUAUGUUCUAUAAAACAUUUUUAGCAGUUUUCAUGGGUAAGGAAUUUUAAGAAAUAGUCUUUUAGUUAACCUUUUGAACUAUUUGUAAAAUUUCUUCAAUACUUUAGGAAUUUUGUGGGGAGGGUUCACUAAUAUAAAAGUCCAGUAAUUUAUUAACUGAAGUAGUUACUGCUUUUAUUUAUACUUAGUCACAAAAAGGUAUGUAAACAAGGCUGUUGUAUGUGUUUUUUGCUCUUCACUUCCCAACCCAGGUUUUCUGAAGUAGCUUACUUAGCUUUCUAAAUAUAAUUUGGUGAGUGCUUACUGAAAAUGCCUUUUUUACCCCUCUCACAGUAUUGAGUUUUUGAAAGAACUUGAUUGACACUGCUUUUCAUUGUGGAUAAAGGAGAGAGAUGGUCAGUAAUUAAUGGCUUGAAGUAUUGUUGGAGAGGUUUAUUUCUGAAACUAGUCAUGUCAGAACUGACUUUCAUUGCUUUUCAUAGAAAUAUGUUUUUAAAAAACUUUACGUUCGGGCUUCCCUGGUGGCGCAGUGGUUGAGAGUCCGCCUGCCGAUGCAGGGGACACGGGUUCGUGCUCCCGUCCGGGAAGAUCCCACAUGCCGCGGAGCGGCUGGGCCCGUGAGCCAUGGCCGCUGAGCCUGUGCGUCUGGAGCCUGUGCUCCACAACGGGAGAGGCCACAACAGUGAGAGGCCCGCGUACCACCAAAAAAAAAAAAAAAAAAAAACUUUACGUUCUAUUUGGAAUAAUAAAGAAUUGUUUUAAAGGACUUUGCUUAUAUAUAGGAGACAUGAAGAAUGAUUCUAGUGUUAAAUUCUUACCUCUUACUGAUUUUUGAGCUAAGAAUUGUUAUAUGCUAGAAUAUUGAAGAUAAAAAUAUGAGAAGAAAAAAGAAUAAAGUAGAUUGAGUCUCCAAUUUUAUGUAAGCUUCAGAAGAACUGGUUUAUUUACAUACAAAGCUUAUGGUUGAAAUAUUUUUCAGGAAUUACAUGAAUGACAGUCUUCGAACCAAUGUAUUUGUUCGAUUUCAACCAGAGACUAUAGCAUGUGCUUGCAUCUACCUUGCAGCU